AUGUGCCUUGGCUCAGAAAAGGUUGAAAAACACUGUUCUAGAGUCCAGCAGUGAAAACAGUCCUUGGUGGGGGUGGGCGGAGUCUCUUCAGAUUUUCUGAGCCCUGGUCAGGCAGCGCUUUUUUUCGCCAUCUCCCGGAUAGGAGGAAGAGGAGUCCUGAUGAUCAUGCAAAAUCAUUUGCAACUGUCAUAACAAGCAUUAGAAUAAUAGUCUUUGUCUUCAUGAGCAUGUUUUUUUCCCCUCAACAUUGUGUGGGCGUUUACAGGUGUUCCUGAACCUUCUGUGUGUGUGUGUAGUUGUCCUACUUCUAGACAGCAGUGAGCAUGCGUGUGUUUCUUUGAGACACUGCCUUAGGAGAGCUCUGCGUGAUUUUUUUUUUUUUCUUCCUCCCCACUGCCUGCAAACAUCACAUCCAUCUCCGAGCCCGUGGAGUGUGUGCGUGUUGUCGUGCGUGUGUUUGUUUGCAGCGCUCACCCAGCAGCUCGGAGGAGCGUCCGACUGACGGCUUCCUCCUGCCCGCAUCGUCCGCAGCAGACAAGUGUCAGCGCGCCUCGCAGUGAAUUCCGGCAACUUCGACCAUCCCGCUCAGAACGGCGGCGGCGGCUCUCCUCGCUCUCCACCCGCUGCAGUUUGACGGGCGUCGCCAGCCCCAUGACUCUCUGAGGGGACACGGCCCCACCGUGGCCCAUGCGCUCUACCCUUUUCCCUCCCUGUCCGCCUCGCCCCUCAAGCUGACGCAAAACCCCAGACACCUCCCUCCCCUCCCCCACCCCCACCCCCACCCCGUCCCCAGCGACUCGCCGCCGCCGGCCAUGGCGCCCGGCACGGAGACGGUGCACUACAUCCACCUGCACAACUCCAGCCAGUCAGUGCUGGAGGCCCUGCGCACGCAGCGGCGCGAGGGCCUCUUCUGCGACGUGACCGUGCGCAUACAUGAUGCCUCGCUGCGGGCGCACGCCUGCGUCCUGGCGGCCGGCAGCCCUUUCUUCCAGGACAAGCUGCUGCUGGGCCACUCGGAGAUCUCGGUGCCGCCGCUGGUGCCAGCGGAGACCGUGAAGCAGCUGGUGGACUUCAUGUACAGCGGAUCGCUGGUCGUGCUGCAGUCACAGGCGCUCUGCAUCCUGACCGCCGCCAGCAUCCUGCAGAUCAAGACCGUCAUCGACGAGUGCACUCAGAUCAUCUCGCAGAGGAAGGCGGCGGCGGGGGCGGCGAGUGCAGCUGCUGCCGCUGCUGCUGCUGCUGCGGCGGCGGCAGCUGCAGCCACAGGAGGGGGGAUGCUUGGAGGAGUGCUCCCCAAACAAGAGGAGCGUGGCGGGGGCAAAGGAAGGGAAAGCAGUGGCAGCUGUUCAGGCGGAGGCGGCAUGAGCGGGGGCUACCCAAACUUCUCUAACUUCAUGGUGGACUGCGCAGCGGCCUUGGGCGGCAACAUCAGUGUCAGCGAGAGCGGGCCCGGCCCGAUGGAGCAAGCCAACAAUCUAAUGGAGCUGGGAGACAUGGGCCCCGGGCCCCUGUGUGACGGCGACGGGCUGGGACCGGGAGCGGGGUCCAUCCUGAUGAAGCAGAGCCCCAGCUGCACUCAGGACGUCCGCUACAAGCUCCGGGAUCUGUUGGCGCAGACGGCCAACGGCGCCGCCAGCACCGGCAGCCUCUCGGCGAGCUGCAGCUCCGGCGUGGGCAGCGUGGACAGCAUCGGCAGGGACAGCCUGCGCGGCAACGCCACCGACCUCUCCGACGAGCUGGUGGGGAUGGAGCGCUUCAGCGAGGAGGAGGACUUGGACGCCAGAGAGCGAGGGAGAGACGGCGGCGACCGAGACAGGGGGGCGAGCCACAGCCGCAAGCAGAGGCAGCCGCUUAGACUCCAGGUGCUGGGAGGAGGCGAAGGCGUGGUGGUGAAAGAUGAAGGCGUUCAGGAUGCCGACGGGACGGCCUUUGCCUUGGAGGACGGGAGACGGGACGGAGAGCAGGGCGGCCCCCAGGGACACAUGGCGGGCUUCGGACAGGACUUCUACGACGACCAAGGAGUGUUCACCGAGAGUUUCUGGCCGCAGAGCGAGCCUCCUCAGGCCAUGGCCUUUAACCCCAGAGGACGGGGCAACAAGCCUCUGACUCCGCCCCCGACCUCGCAGUCCAUCAACAACCAGCUUCUUUUCCAGUACCCAGUGAGCCAGUCGCAGCCGCCGCCAUUCUACGUGAGCGGGCACAUGGGGGGGAUGGACACCAUGGCGGGGACGGAACCUAGCCAACAGGUUCCGCCCCCGGCUCCCAUGACGCCGGUGCCGACCCCCACCAACACCGCCGCCCUCUCUUCGGGCCCCUCCCCUUCCACCCAAGGAUCCGAGACCUCGUUUGACUGCACGCACUGUGGCAAAUCGUUACGUUCCAGGAAGAACUACAGCAAGCACAUGUUCAUCCACUCCGGUCAGAAGCCUCACCAGUGCUCCAUCUGCUGGCGCUCCUUCUCGCUGCGUGACUACCUCCUCAAACACAUGGUGGUGCACACAGGCGUGCGGGCCUUCCAGUGCUCCAUGUGCGGCAAGCGCUUCACCCAGAAGAGCUCGCUCAACGUGCACAUGCGCACGCACCGGGCCGAGCGCACCUUCCAGUGCGCCGUGUGCCACCGGGCCUUCACCCACCGCACCUUGCUGGAGCGCCACGCCCUGCAGCACGCGCCCCAAGCCCAGGGGCGCGGCACCGACAUGACCUCGCCCGCCAAGCACAGUCCCCCCAUGGGGGGGCCCUCAGGUAUGGCCGGGGCGGCCGGCAUGGCUAGCAUGCCGGGCCACGGCGCCUCCUCCACCUAGAGCCGAUGGG